AUGGCUGAAGUGGACAUGCAAAGUGGCUCCGACGACUCGGGAAUGGAGGAUUUGGACGAGGAGAUCGAGCAAAUCAAGAAAAAAGUACGUGUUUCCGCCGAAAUCCGGCACUUUUUCACGGUUGAAGGUGUUUUCGUUGCAGAUGAAAGAAGAGGAUCAGAAUAUUUCGGCCGCCAACCGACUUCUGGAUCUGCUUCGCAGAAACGGCGAUUUCGAAGAGGUUGGUAUCGAUUUUUCUGCUUUUAUAUAUUUUCUUUCAAACAAUUUGAAUUUUUGCAGCUCGACGACAAACGCAAGCAAAUUGUCGCCUGGGCACCGUUGAGCCCGAAUAAUUGGAUCAAUUGGAUUAAGUAAUCUUUAAAAAUUCUGAAAAAAGAUUCUAAAAGUCUAUAUUUGCAGAGAUGUGAUCGAAAAAGAGGCGCCGAGCGUCGAGCGCAUGGAGGAAAUGUUCCAGAAGGCGCUUUUCGACGAAAACGACGUCGCCAUUUGGAUCGAGCGCAUCUUUUUCGCCAAUAAAGUCAGUUUCGAGUUUUGUCGCAGUGUAAGUAUAACAAUUUCUAGAAUUUUCACAAGAUUGGUUAAAUUCAGAUCUGUGAGAAGGCUCUGACGGCGAUCGGAAGUCGUUACGACGUCGGCGGACACGUCUGGUUCAUCUUUCUCGAAUAUGAACGCGAGAAUUUGAAAAGUAAGUAGGAACGGGGAAAAAUUGGGUAUUUUUCGACAGAUUUGAUUUCUAGAAUAGUAAAAAAAAGUGUUAUCAGGUUUUUGCUGUGUACAAAAGUUCCCAAAGCUUCAGAGUACCUAAACACUGGUGAACUCAAAAAACGCGUGGACCACGUCGUCGGGCUCUACCAACGUGCUCUCCGGUGCGCGACGACCCAACUCGAGGAAGUUUAUCAAAAUGCGCAGCAAUUCUGCGAGGAGACCGAUCAGAAGCACCAGUUGCCAGAGCUCAAGAAGCUGUUCGAGGCGACGAUGCGCCAAAAACGACAGUUGGACGAGAUUCAGAAGGUGAUCGACGUCGAGGAGACCCGCAAACAGGGCCUGCACACGUUCUUCGAGUACGAGAAGCGGUCGGGCAUGCCGGCGCGGGUGCAGAUGGCCCACGAACGCAUGGUCUCCGAGUUGGACGACGAUGAGAAUGUGUGGAGUGCCUACGGAACCUGGACGGAGACGGUGCUCAAACUGCCGCAAGUGUCCGUCGAGGUCUACGAACGGGCGCUCCGCCACUGUCCGACCAGUUUUGUGCUUCAUCAGCAGGCGCUUUUGGCGUUCGAACGGGCCAAAAAGCCAGAUGAGGUCAUCGAUCGGCUGUGGGAACGCGCGAAACAGUCAUUCAACGACGCCGUCGAGGGCCGAAGCAUCUACAGAACGUACGCGUACGUGUUGAGAAGACGGAUUGUGGCACAGGGAUCCACAGACUUUUCCCCGAUGGCCGAAGUGUUCGACGAGGGCGCCGCGAGCAUGAAAGAGUGGUUUUCGAUGAGUUGGGACAAGGAGACAGAGUACAGAGAGAUGCAGGCAUACUUUUACGCCAGUUUGAUGCACGAUAUGGAGAAGGUGAGGGCUGCGAUUUAUUUUUGAAUUUUUUGUACUAAAAACCUGAAAACUAUUUAUUGUCUUCGUUUGCAGUGUCGUCAAAUCUGGAACGAUAUUCUGGCGUCCGGAUCGGGCCGUUUCGCCCGUAAAUGGAUCGAAGUGGUCCGUCUCGAACGACAAUUCGGAGACAACGAGAAUGCGCGCAAAUACCUCAAUAAGGUACUUGUUAACGAAUUUUCUGGGUUCUUUCAUUUAAAAAUAUACAAAAUUGACCCCUUUGUGCAUUUUGCAGGCGCUCAACUCUGUCUCGGACGACAUCAACGAAAUCUACCGCUACUAUGUGCAAUUCGAACGGGAAGAGGGCUCACUCGCCGAACUGGACGCCGUGUUGGAGAAAGUGAACGCGCAAGUGGCCCACCGCGCCGUCCGACCGCAGAAAAAAGUGAUCGAGAAGCCAGCGGUGCAGCCGAAAACCGCCGGAGUGCAACAGAAACGGGCGGUCGGCGGCGAACCGAUUGUGAAGAAGGUCAAGGCCGAGGAUGGAGGUGAGAUCCAGAAAACAUGCGAGUUUUUAGCAAUCAUUUUUCAAUGAAAUCCAUCAAAUUAUCACCGUUUUUGCAGGUUUCAAAGCGCCGUUCCUUCCGGCGCCGAAAAAGACGCCUUCUCCCGGUUCCGCGCCGCCUUCCGCGUCCGCUUCUGCACCGUCGACGGCUCCGAAAGCCGCCCCGGGCACAGAAGACGCGCGGACGGUGUUCGUGUCGAAUCUGGAGUUCACGACGACGGAGGAGGACAUCCGCGCGGCCGUCGACGGCAUCGAAUCGAUCAGAUUCGCGCGGAAGGCGCACACGGACCAGAGCCACCGCGGAUUCGCGUACGUCGUGCUCACGGACGAGGCGGCCGCGCGGAAAGCACUCGAAAAGGACCGGGUGACCGUCAAAGGGAGACCCAUGUUUGUCAGUUUUUUGAAUCGUCGUUUUUAGUGGAAAAAAUGAGAAAAUUUGGAUGGAUGAUUUUGAGCCGGCCAAUUGUUUUGACAUUCUUUUCAAUUAAAAAAUGUACUCCUUUUUUUUACAGUUUCAAAACAAGUUCUGAAAUUUCGUCGAAAUUUCGUCGGGAAUUGCAUUUCGAUACUCUUUGUUUUCCCAAUAAAAAUAUUUGCAGAUUACUGUGAACGAUCCGGAAAAGCGUGUGGGAUUCAAGUACGCGACGGGACUCGAAAAGACGAAAAUCUUUGUGCGCAACGUGCAUUUCCAGGCCACCGACGACGAGAUUUCGGUGCGUGUUUAUGCAUUUUUAUGGAAAACCGCCGAUUCUUGUGUUCAGACGCUCUUCUCGCAGUUCGGCGCGGUGACAAGUGUGCGUCGAGUGACUCACAGGGACGGAAAACCGAAAGGAGUCGCAUUCGUGGAGUUUGCGAACGAAGAGGCAGCCGAGAAGUGCGUGGGCGGCACAGAGAAACUGGUGCUCCACGAAAGGGAACUUUUCGUCGCUCUUUCCGAUCCGCCGAAGAAGACGAACGAGAAAAAGAGGAGCGAGGAGGACGGGGCCGCCCGGAAAGGACGACUUCAGAUGGUUCCGCGGGCUCUCGGUAACAACUUAGAAAAAAUUGGAUUGCAAACAGUGGCGUUUUGUUGUGAAUGUGCAUUAUUCUGUUUAUAAUGGGGUCAUUCAACGUUUCGUUUUUUGUACAUCACUGAGUUUUUUGACGCAAAAAACGUACGAUGAAUAACCGCAUAACGAAUUUUUAAAAUUCCAUAAAAUCACUAACGAUUUUUUAACGUGAACGACACGCGCUUUUUUUAAACGUUAACGACAAAAAAUGUCAAUUUUCAAUACAAAUCUCUUCUGAAACUGGAAAAAUUUACCCAAAAAUUGUGCAGUACACAAUUAAAAUUUUCUUUUGAAUACUUUGUUGCAGCGAGCCGCCCGCCACUGGCUCCACCUCAAAUAACCGCCCGUUUAGAAGCGAUGGACACUUCGGAUGCUUCGGCUCCAGUGAAAGCCCUCUCCAACGAUCAGUUCCGUCAACUUUUCCAGAAAAAAUAG